AUGCCAACCUUUACAAAUAAAAACUUUGUAAAACUUUUGACGUUUUCUUGACAAUUUGCUUUGUAAUCAUGGCGUCAGAACGUUAUAGUUUUUCUCUCACUACUUUCAGCCCGUCGGGAAAAUUGGUACAAAUAGAAUAUGCUCUAGCUGCUGUGGCCGCCGGCGGCACGUCCGUUGGCAUAAAAGCCUCCAAUGGAGUAGUUAUCGCUACUGAAAACAAGCAUAAAAGUAUUUUAUAUGAUGAACACAGUGUGAACAAAGUUGAGAUGAUCACAGGACAUAUUGGUAUGGUGUAUUCUGGCAUGGGUCCUGAUUACCGUCUUCUGGUGACACAAGCCCGCAAGAUGGCACAGCAAUAUUAUCUGAUGUACCAUGAACCUAUACCAACUGCUCAGCUCGUACAGCGAGUAGCUACGGUCAUGCAAGAAUAUACACAAUCUGGUGGUGUCCGUCCAUUCGGUGUGUCUCUGUUGAUAUGUGGUUGGGACGGUGAUAGACCGUACCUCUUCCAGUGUGAUCCUUCAGGAGCUUACUUCGCAUGGAAAGCCACUGCAAUGGGAAAGAACUUCAAUAACGGGAAGACUUUCCUUGAGAAAAGGUAUACUGAAGAGUUGGAGCUUGAUGAUGCUGUUCACACUGCCAUCUUAACAUUGAAAGAAGGUUUCGAAGGUCAGAUGACUGCUGAUAACAUCGAAGUUGGCAUCUGUGAUGCAGCCGGCUUCAGACGACUCGAACCAGCGCACGUCAAGGACUACCUGGCCAAUAUACCAUAACCAUUUAUGGCACUGAACAGUUUUAAAUAAAUAAGCCUUUUUCUG